UGCACUUGGCUACGCUUACUCAGUCGCACCUUUCAUGUCUACUGAAAUCUCUGAACACAUGGGUCCCCUCGAUCCCGAAGUCCGCGCCGCCGAGGACUUUAUCAAUGCUCAUUCGCUUCUGAAAGAGCUCCGGGCGAACCCCGACUUCUCGGAAUCAAGACCACACAAGACUAUUCCUGAUCAGCACAAGGCCUACAAUUUGACGGGUGGUGUCCUGGCUGGACCUGGGCGCAUCACUAUCCCGCCAUACGUCUUCUCGGAGGAAAGAGGCAAGAGUAUCGUGAUUUUCGCACAUCUCGGUAGUGAUUUGUGCGGUCACCCCGGCAUUGUUCACGGUGGAUUGUUGGCAACGUUGCUUGAUGAGGGUCUGGCACGGUGCUGCUUCCCGGCCUUGCCCAACAAGGUUGGUGUAACGGCAAGUCUUACCAUCAAUUACUUGGCGCCUACGAAGGCAGACCAAUGGAUCGUCUUGAAGGCGACUACCACCAAGGUGGAAGGAAGGAAGGCGUGGGUGGAGGGCCACAUUGAGACUCUCGAGGAGAACCCUCUCAAAGUGGUUGAGGCGAAGGCUCUGUUUAUUGAGCCAAAGUACGCUGGCAUGUUGACGAAGGUCGUUAAGGUUGAGAACUAGAGAACCACAGAUACCCAUGAUUUGGAAGGAGUUAUGGCAAUUUGCUUAGAGCGGGCAUAUCAUAUGAACAACAAUGUAUUAGAAUGCAUAGGUAACAAUAAACACCCAGAAGAAAACCAUUUGCGCCUU